AUGCUAGCCACAAAGACAAAAUAAGUUUUAUAACUAUUAGUUCCUUCAACUAGAAGAGCAUUUGGCUAUAGUUAAAAUGAGCUACGUAAUUUGCAAUCCAAGAUUGAUAGACAACUUAAAGUCUUGGACAUGUUUACCGAGAAUAGAGAGUUCAACUAUGAACCCCCUCAAAUGACAUAUGAUAAAGCAACAGGUGAAAUCAAUAUUAUAGAGCGUAAAGUUGAGAAGAAAGCUACUAGAAUUAUCAAGAAUAUGGAUGAUAUGCGAAAAGAGAAGACAGAGAUCUUAAAGGAAUUAGGUCUUGACGAGAAUGGUCGUGCAGUAGACCCCAACGAGCCAAUAGACUAAUAUGCUGAGAAAUUAAGAAUAGCAACUAACAAAAUGAAGGAGGAGUUUGAUAUUGAUCCUAGCAAUUUUUAUGUGUUUUCCAGAGACAGCAUGAGAGUGGAUGUUGGUUUAAUGAUUUAAAGACCUCCUAUCUUUUUACAUUUCUCAAAGAGAGAUGCUGAGUUCAUGAAGUUCAAAAAUGAUCUUAUGAAUGAAUACUAUAUGAACUUAAAGCCAUUUGCAGAUGAAUUUGAGGAGCAAUCAAAAAUGAAUGAAAAUGUGCUAGCUUAAAAUCCAUAUGCAAGUAAAAUGAAUAUGGAUAACUAUGCCACUCAUCAAAUUAUUGAUGAGAAAACAGGAGAGAUAAAAGAAUAUUGCGGAGCUAGUAAGCAUUUCUCAAGAGUAGAUCCAAACAUUGAUGACAAGAGAAGUCUUCACUUUGCUGGAGAGGAUAGAACUUACCUCAUUUUUAAGAAUAAAUAUACCAAAGAGUGGGAAUUUCCAACUGGAAAAAUAUACUUUGGUUAAACUUUCCUUAAGGCAAAAUAAAACUUAUUUACUCAACUAUCGAAUGAUGCUUGGAAAGUUAGAUACAUAGGUGGUCACCCUAUGGUAGCUACUAUUAGAGAAUUUACUCCAGCAGAGUAAAGAGAUUCUCUCAAUCAUGGAUUAAGAGGAGUCAGGUCAUAUUUCUUCCCAGCAAAUCAUUAUAGAGGGUUUCCUGAAUAUUAGCUAGAUCAAACUGACUUUGAGGACUUUGCUUGGGUACCAAAGAGGCUGCUAAACGAGUACUUUGAUAGAGACUAUUAUGAAAUCUUUAUUAGAGCAUGUCUAACACGAUGA